AUGGUCCGCCAAGUGCCCCCGAAGAGGAACUUGACGGACUUGGGGGAGGUCUUGGGCUUCGCCUCCGCCAUCUUGGACCAAGGUCACUCCGGCCCGGGUGGAAGGGAACACAGCUCUGAGGGGGAUUCCCGCAGCCAAUCAGCGCCCGGCUUCCGACGAGGAGGCGGGACUUCUGGGGAAAGGGAGCAGAGAGCGACGAGGAGAGACGCAACCACGCACGCGCGGGAGACAAAGGGGCGCGUCCAAUCGGACAGGGGCGUGGCUACCGGGCAAGGGGGCGUGGCCGAACUGGUUUUUUCCUGCGCCUGCGCAGCAGGAAGCAACAGGACCCCAGUUCACGAAGCGGCCAGGGGAGGGGAGACUGUCCAACUACGAGAGCUCAUUGAGAAUGGCGCCUGCGUCAACCUGGUCACCUACGACUCCAUCACGCCGCUGCACGAGGCCAGUCUCCGAGGACAGACGCAAUGCGUGGAAAUGCUCCUUGCUGCCGGAGCCCAGGUUGAUGCUCGGAACAUUGACGGGAGCACCCCGCUCUGUGACGCCUGUGCCUCUGGGAGCAUCGACUGUGUGAAGGUCCUGCUCUCCCAUGGGGCCAAGGUCAACCCGCCCCUCUACACUGCCUCUCCCCUCCACGAGGCCUGCAUGAAUGGCAGUGCCGAGUGCGUUCGCCUCCUGGUCGACAUGGGUGCAAACCUGGAAGCUCACGACUGCCACUUUGGCACCCCGUUGCACGUGGCAUGUGCCAGGGAACACCUGGACUGUGUGAAGAUUUUGCUCAAUGCAGGAGCCAAUGUGAAUGCUGCCAAACUCCACGAGACGGCUCUCCACCACGCCGCCAAAGUGAAAAACGCUGAUCUGGUGGAGAUGCUGGUCGAAUUUGGAGGGAACGUUUGGGCCCGGGACAACCAAGGCAGGAAGCCUUCCGACUACGCCUGGAGCAGCAGCCCCGCGGCCAAAUGCUUUGAGCAUUACGAAAAAACCCCCCUAAGCUUGUCCCAGCUCUGCCGACUCAGCCUGAGACGAGCCAUCGGCCAGCGCGGGCUGGAGAAGGUGGCCCAACUCCACAUCCCUCCACGAUUAAUUGAAUUCGUCUCCUACAAAUGAGCAACCACCCAAAGGGCAAGGACAUCACCGCCUAGAUGCACGCCUGUACCAGACUCUGUCCACGUUGACUCUCAGGCCACCUGUCCUUACCUUUCCCCGAAGACUUGGCUUCAAUGUAAUGGAUGUAAAUACUAUUUAUGAGCAAUUAGUAAUUUAAAGACUUUCUGACGGGGUCCCUUGUGACAACCCGUCCUCGAAGAGCACUUUGCAUUUUUAUGGUGCUUUUUCUAAGCACACGGAGACAGUACGGCAACUUGCACUUUUCUUCUUAUCCCGGCAUUCUGGUUGGGAAAAGAUACAGCACUUGCAUUCAGACUGGAAAUGUUGUUCCACAGCUACUUCUUAUAAUGGCAUGAAUGUCAACAAGUUGGCAGAAAUGGCCUUUUAGCAGAGCAAGGCGCAUUCGGCAUCUUUUGGCCCCUUUGCAUGCUGGGUCCCACGUUUUGCUCCUUCCAAUAAAACUGGAAUCUCUCAA